AUCAGAUAAUUCUAACUUGCCAAUCAGGAAAUGCUUGGGAAGCAAAAGAGUUUGACCGUUUGAUUGUAAUUGACAGUAUUGUUCUCCAUACAUAUAAAUAAAUCUUUUUGAUAGGAGUGCAUUAGAAAAGGAUUUUCUUAUUCUUAAUUAAUACCUAUAACAGUAUUUUUUUAAAAUAAAAAAACCUUAAUAAUGAAGACUUUAUUCUUUGCCUGCUUUUGCUUGAUCAUCUGCAGUUAUGUACAAGCAAUUGAUUACGUCAAGUGUGGUUCAGGGAAACAGAUUCUAAACCUCAAGGAACUUAGAAUAAAUCCGGAUCCCAUACGUCUGAGUGGAAAGAAUGCCCUUAUCUCAAUUGAUGCCGCCCUUAAUGAGGAGAUACCGGCGGGAGCUAAAAUUCACAUCAAGGCCUGGAAAGUCAAGAAAAUUUUUGCCUGGGAUAUUUACCUCAAAGCUCCCUGCUUGCUUGCAAUUGGAUGUGAUGUCGAACAUUGCAAGUUUUUUAAAUACUUCAGUGGCGAGAAUAUGUGUCCGGUGAAGCCCCAGAGCUUCCGAGGAGAAGCCAUUGAAAUUGAGAUGCCCGAACUGGGAAGUUUCGUCAAAUGGUUUGCAUCGGGGCGUUUCUGGAUCGAAGUGCAAAUAAUUGGUCGAAAUUCAGAGCAACUCUCAUGCUAUUCAAUUAAAGGAGAAGCAAAAGCCCUGUUUGCGCCUUUGAAACCAAAUAGUAUGUCUCAGAAGAUAGAAAAACAAAUAUCUGAAUAGAAAAUAUACUACUAAAAUAUUUGCGUUGUAUCUUUUGUAAAAUUUUGUUAAUAAAUAUAAAAACAAUUUUAAUAUUCAA